AUGAGUCUAUUACGCCCCGAGAUGCUGCAGGUUGUAGCACAAAGUCUCGGCCUGGACGACCUUAGUGACGAAUGUGUCGGUAAUUUACUGCCAGAGGUGGAACUGCGAGUGCGAGAGGUCGUGCAGGAUGCUCUCAAGUUCCAGCGGCACUCACGACGGCCCCAAUUGGACCCCACGCACAUUAAUCAGGCCCUCCAAGCGCGUAAUUUAGAGAGUUUGUAUGGGUUUUCAGCUCCUGGACACGUCAAGUACAAGCCAUGUGAAGACAACGAGUCGCUCUUUUUCGUAGAAGAGGAAGAACUGGAACUUUCUGAGCUCUUGAAUGCCCCAUUGGGCCAAAUUCCACUCCAACCGGUGCUUAAUGUGCACUGGUUGGCUGUAGAUGGCGUGCAGCCGCUCAUUCCUGAGAAUGAAUCGGUGGAGGAUGAUUCGACGUGUCAUACGUCAAUCAAGGACGAAGCUUUUACCAACAAUGUGGACAGAAAACCUCGUGUCAAGCACGUACUGACUGAAGAAAUGCAGCUCUAUUAUACUACAGUGACGGAGGCUGUCAAAAGUGAUGACUUUGAGCUACAACGCGCGGCUUUUACGAGUCUCGCUCAAGAUCCCGGUAUCCAUCAGCUGCUGCCGUACUUUUCACGCUUCAUUUAUGAAGAGGUGAAACAUAGUAAUCACGAUCUGUCGCUUUUGUUUUCGCUCAUGCGAGCGUGUCGCUGUCUACUUGUAAACCAGACUCUACAUGUCGAACUCUAUCUGCAUCAAUUGAUUCCUGCUAUUUUGACUUGUGUGCUCGGUACACAGCUCUGUGAGAAUCCUGCGGAUGACCAUUGGGCUUUGCGCAAGUACGCAGCCAAACUGGUGGCUCAUAUUUGCGAGCGCUAUGGUGAAAAAUACGCCAAUAUCCAGGCACGCGUUUCAAAAACGUACCACAAGGCAAUCACAGACCCGGUGUGUCCGUUUUCGACUCAAUAUGGUGCUCUUCAUGGAAUGCUGUUUUUGGGCCCUCUGGUAAUGGAAAGUUUGCUUUUCCCAAAUUUAGAGGGGUACUACCGACGACUGGAGCCAGCAGUAUCAUCGUCCAAUCCCAAUCUUGUUGAAAGACUUGAAGCUCAAAACUGUCUCGGCAUUCUCGUGCACGCUUCUGGAACCUAUUUUUCAAUGUCCGACUCUAUGAAUCGUGGUGCGUCGCCGUCGCUGUCAUCGUCUACGCUAAGCGAUAUCGUGGCUCUUUUGUACGACGCUUUCGGUGAGAGUCUCUUGCCCUACAUUCGGCCAGAUCAGCCAGCCAGUAUGAUCGACAUAUGUCUGUAG